AUGGUUGUCAUCGCGCACCAGGGAAUUUCCGCAUAUUCCAGGCGUGCGCCGGACUCGGGGUCAUCCCGAGAUGCCGUCGAGCUGACAGUCAGUGCCAGGGCGACGCCGCUGUCAGCAGGACCUCUCUGCAAGCUACUGGAAGCAGAAGGACCCCUCUGUCAGCCUCCUAGAAGCAGCAGCACCUCCCAGCCAGCCUCCUGGAAGAAGCAGGACCUCUUUGCAAGCUACUGGAAGCAGCAGGACCUUUCUGCCAGCCUCCUGGAAGCAGAAGGACCUCUUUGCCAGCCUUCUAGAAGCAGCAGGACCAGCGGGCCCGCCUCCUGGAAGCAUCAGGACCUCCUGGAAGGCCUCCUCGCAGCCAUGCCCCUGCAGGACUGCUGCUGCGUGCUGAGUCUGCGCGCAGGAUCUGUGUGCAUCGGCCUGUCGCAACUGAUCACGAGUCUCACGGCGCUUCUUGCUUACUUCAGCUCGCAGUCAGCUCUGGUCGCGCUCAGCGAGGACGAUAUGGCAAGUAGAACUACGAUUGCGGUGGCGACGGGUCUACUGGUGAAGACUAUCCUGAGUGUAUCUCUCGUCUACGGGGUCUGCAAGGGGAAGACCGGCGUGCUGCUGCUGUGGCUGGUGACCAGCGUGCUGUGCGAGUUGGCAGCCCUGGCUGGGACGGCCAUGUUGCUGCUGGGACUGCUGCCGUUGGUAGGACUGCCGCUCGCCUCCGUCCUGGGAGUGCUGGUGGAUGCAGCGCUGAUGACGUACUUCCUGCUGGUGGUCCACAGCUACCGGAAGUCCCUGCUGGGGAGGGCGGCGCAGUGCAGGGCGUGAUCCGCCACGUGACCACGUGUCAUGCUCGUGCGUGACGGGACACUGUCGCGUCGUGCGUGACGGGACACUGUCGCGUCGUGCGCACGGGAUAGAAGAAAACAAGACUGAGCGCAUGAAACAUUCCUUAAAGUGAUAUCAUGCCGGACACACAAACAGUAUUUUUUUCUUUUUAGCGAAACCAAUAUCUUUCUUUACACUUAAAAUGACAUAAAGUUUUUGACUCAAUGAAUGCAUAGUUUUAAGUUUAAUCUAAUCUUACUCCAGCAAUGAAAAAAAAAAAAAAAAAAAAAAAAAAA